UUUUUUUUAAUUUUUUUCUUUCUUGUUUAUGUUCAUCAAUUAUUUUACAGUUAUUGAAAAAAUAAUGGAAGAUCCUACUUUGGCAUAUGAAGUUAUUGCUGGAAUGCAACCAAGAGUUCGAAAAUGGAAAGCUUUUCUUCUGAUUUUAUUUGUCUCCACAACUUUUAGUGCAUAUUAUUGGAUAUUAGACCCUUCAUUAAAAUCUGUAAAUUUUUUUCUUUAUUUUUUAAUUUUAAUUUUUUAGAUUUCAUUUUUCGAAUCACUUGCUCUACAUCCACUUUUCACUAUAAGCAUUUCACUUUUAUUAAUUUUAUUUAUUGUUUUUGGUGUUCAUAAACGGGUUGUUGCUCCACGAAUGUUUAUUUUUUUAUUUUUUAUAUUUUUU